GGCAACGGCCAACUAAAUCUAGACUGCGAAUGCUUAUGUAUCCUGCCCGAGUAGUUCUAUAUAUGUGUGCCUGUGUUCGAGCUCUUUUGCUUGUAAUGGAUAUGUUUUACAGUAACAAGAACACUGCAACAAAGAAAAAGAAAUAGAAAGAGAGAUUGAAAAUUCUUGAAGAAGUCUUUUUUUAUCGUCUUUCUAUCAAUAUUUUCAUUAGAGGGCGGUUUCUCAGUCGAGAGAAUGGAGACAAUAAUAGAUCCAAAUCUCAACAACUCAUCAUCGUCACCAGCUUCCCCAGAACAUCUGGUCUCAGUGGAGAACCCAAAAUCUGAAAAGUCAUUCUUAUGUCUUGUUCAGUCAUUUCAGAACCAGUACCCUCCUCGUUUUCCCAGAAAGGUGGUGGCAGAAGUAAUAGCAACCUAUUUACUGGUGUUUGUAACAUGUGGUGCUGCUGCUAUUAGUUCAGCUGAUGACAAAAGAAUCUCAAAACUUGGAGCUUCACUAGCAGGCGGGCUUAUAGUAACCGUAAUGAUCUAUGCAGUAGGACAUGUUUCAGGUGCACACAUGAAUCCAGCAGUCACUACUGCUUUUGCUGCUGUUAGACAUUUUCCGUGGAAGGAGGUACCAUAUUAUGCAGCAGCUCAACUAACAGGAGCAAUUUCUGCUUCUUUUACAUUGAAAGUGCUACUUCAUCCUGUAAAACACAUCGGCACCACUUCACCUUCAGGAUCAGAUUUUCAAGCUUUAGUCAUGGAAAUUGUUGUAACAUUUUGUAUGAUGUUUGUUACUUCAGCUGUGGCAACUGACACCAAGGCGAUAGGAGAGUUAGCUGGUAUAGCAGUUGGUUCUGCAGUAUGUAUAACAUCCAUAUUGGCCGGACCAAUAUCAGGCGGAUCUAUGAACCCAGCAAGGACGCUAGGACCAGCAAUAGCUAGUGCAUACUACAAGGGGAUAUGGGUAUACAUUGUUGGACCAGUGGUUGGGACAUUGCUUGGAUCAUGGUCUUAUAAUUUUAUUCGUGUAACUGAUCAGCCACUCCAAGCAAUUUCUCCACGUUCAUUUUCUGCCAAGCUUCGGAGAAUCAGAAGCACCAAUGAGCAGCCUACUAAUAAAGACCCCUUUGAUGCCCUGUGAAAGAAGUGCCAUUUUAUUGUGUCAAAAGGGGAAAAGUAAGAAGGCUGCAACAAAUGAGCUCAGCUCAUGACAGUUUUCUUGUAUCAUUGUCUUCAUUUUCUUGCUUUACUUAAUAGCAACUCUGUACCAUAAAUAGAAAGUCUGCCUGUGUACACCUUCGCUACUUGUAUCAUCAGUUGAAUAAAUAUAGUAGAUGGAAAAUAGGUAGCCUGUUAGGCACCAUUCUCA